AUGGAAAAAUGGGAUCGUAACACUCAGUUAUUAAUUUCAGCUGCUAUUGGUGUGAGCCGAACAAUCGGUGGUCUUCCUCUUGAACAUCCAUUCGAUACGAUUCGUACACGAUGGCAAGCAAAUCCAGCACACUAUCAGAAUUUUCUGAUAGUAGUUCGUGAAAUCUAUAUGUCGAAAGGCUUUCUUGGUUUUUAUUCUGGUGCCAUUCCAAAUACAACUCGACGUGCUAUUAAACAAAUAUAUUGUUGGCCUAUGAUGCUAUUCUUUCCUAAUUUC